UGAUGUUGUAAAUGUGUUUCCUUUUCCCCUAAUUCAUUAUUUAAAAAAAUAUGCAAUUCAGUCGAAUUUUUAAUUAAAAUUUUUUAUUUUAUUUUAUUGUCAAUACAGAAAUCCAAUCUGAAUUUCUAUUCGUUUUGCAAGUAUUAUAUCAGAGGACGACCUCUUCCUCUUGUCUGGGGACAGCCGAACAUUACCGGGAACUGCCGAAACGGGAAACGAUCCUCCGGUUGUUGUGUGUAGGCUACUUCCUGCUCCAAUUAUAACACUGGCUGUGUGCCUCCAUGAAGCUCAGCGCGCUGCCUCCUCUUCACUUGCGUCCUAACGACGGAUGGGAGCGCAGAAACAACGGAUGUAGCUUCACUAUUAUAAGUAUUUCUGUUUCCAGACAUCCACAGCAGCCUGUGUAGUCAGAUUGUGGCCGAUUUUGGACGUGCAAGCCACGCAACUCCUGCCUGAAAUUACAUUUUCUUUUGUCUGCGCAACUGGCAUCAACAUUUUCUUUAUUUUAAUGUGUGAGCAGGGAUAGAAAAGUAAACACGCUGGCCUGCGCUCAUGAUCAGUGGCGAGGUGAGAUUGAUACCUCGGACUCGGGAUUGUCCUUGAUCGCAAGUUGAUUUGACUUCGGAGCAGAGUAGCUGUGUGCUCCAAUGGCGUCAGUUUCGAAGGUGUCUAUUCUGGAUUACUUUAAUAUUGUGUUUGAAGGUGAAAAUGGCAAAAUCGAGUCCAACUGCAAGGCUUGUGGUACGAGGAUCCAGGCGAAGCGGAGUGUCACGUCCAACUUCGUAACGCAUCUCAAGCGGAAGCACCAGGCUAUGUAUGAUGACUUUGUGAAAAGGAAGGAUAUGAAGAGAGAGGGUUACUCCUCUGGUUCCCUGCACAGUUUCACCCCAAAUGGAGGGAAUACCCGCUACACUCUCCCCAUCAGUACUCGAGUGGGAGGUGGAGGAGGAGGAGGAAGUGCUGGAGGAAUGGGAACUCUUGAGGGAGGAGUAGGAGGAGGCUCUGGCGGAGGGGUGACCAAGUUUGACAGACAUGACCCACGUCAGGUUCUGAUCUCUGAGGCUAUAGCUAAGAUGAUCGUGCGUGAUCUGCAGCCAGUAUCCAUAGUGGAAAAUCAAGGCUUCAGAGAGCUGCUUCAGCUCCUGGAGCCCCGUUACACUCCUGAGCCACAGCACUACAUCCAGAGCCAGCUCCUCCCAGCCUACGUCUACCAGGCACAGCUGGCAACCCGUCAGGCACUGGCCUCAGUGCACGCCCUCAGUCUCAGCCUGGAUCUCUGGAGGGGCUUAACUGGAGCCACUUCAGGGUACGUCGGUGUCACCUGUCAUUUUCUCACAUCUGAUUGGCAGAUGCGCUCAGCUCUCCUGGCGUGUCUUCCCCUGACUGGAGGCAGCUCUGGGAAUCGUGUGCUUUCAGAUUUUGAUGAAGUAUGUCACUCUCAUGGCGUGUCGGGGAGAGCAUUUCGUGUGGUCGCGGACCAUUUCCGAGCAGCAACAACAACAGCAAAGCCGUGUUGUCUUCCUGGUUUCCUGGUUGAACCUUCUCUCGCUAACGGGCAAGAUGAAGACGACAGGGAAGAAGUGGACAAUGGUAACAAUGUGGAGGGAGGGAUCAGGAAUGGCCAUGGUGAUGGAGGAGAGGAUGGAGAGUGGGAGGACUUGUGGGAGCAGGGUCUGGGUGUUUCUCGUGUGGACUGUUUCUCUCGCUCUCUUGAACAAUGUGUCAGAGAAGGGUUACGCUCCUGUCCACAGGUCACUUCCACACUGGCUAAGGCUGCCUGUUUCUACAACUACAUUACCUCUGCUGUCCCACCUGAGAAACUUAGCCAGGUGUUUGACGGUCCUGGGUUGAGCAUGAGGGCACCAGGAAAUACCCCCCCUGUAGCAAUAGACUGGGCUGCUCAGCUUAAGGUGCUUCGUCGGCUGCUGGACUCAGUGGAGUUCUUGGAGGAGGUGAGUGGUCCGGGGGAGGUGGUGCUGGGUGAUUCAGAGAGAGGCCUGCUGAGGGAGCUGACUGACACUUUGGAGCCCUUCACUGAGGCCUGGGACAUGGUGCAAGGGGACAGACAGGCAGACAUACAGACAGACAGACAUGUGUCCAUCAGCCUGGCUCUGCCUUGUGUUCUCGGCCUUCGCAAGCAUCUCUCUGAGACCUCAACCCCCCACUGCCCCUCUCUCCUGGUGGGCCUCAGCCAGGCUGUAGAGCGUCGGCUGGCGCCUGUCCUGGAGGACCCUCUCUACAUCACUGCCACCACCCUGGACCCCCAGUUCAAGCUCACUUGGAGCAGCAACCCUGACUGGCACAGACAAGUCCUCAUAGAGGAGUUGUCCAAACAUUCCACAGCCUCUAGCCCCAUAGACCUCAACACAAACAUACAUCCUCAAUCCCAGACCCCUCCUGCCCCAGCUCCAUCACCGGUCUCCUCGCUUUCCCGGCCCUGCAAGCUGUUCUCUUUCAUCAAGCAGAGACCCACAACACAGGCCAAGAGCCUAGAUCAGGAGUUGGCCGUCUACCUACGAGAGGAACCCACAGACGAGGAGGCUUUGCAUUACUGGCAGCGUAAAGCAAUUGACUUUCCUCUGCUUGCUCAGGUGGCCAAGAGGGCGUUUACCAUACCUGCUUGUGGCACUGUAGUCGAGAGCAUCUUUACCACUGCAGAGCGCUGUCUGCGGCCAGAGAGAGGCCGCGUCUUGCCAAAAAACCUGGAGACGCUCAUCUACCUCAAAGCGAACUACAGAUUAUUAUGGACUUAAAGCUAGGAGUCAAGCAUUUAUUUUACCUGAAUAGCAACUAAAGGCUUUAUAUCUGCAGAAACGUUACUUCUUGGAUACUAACCUCUUUCUCUCUCUGAGGAAACUGGGCUAGCAGUAUAACAUAGGACUCAUGCUACACAUCAUUUAAAGUGAGAUCCAAUGAAUUACCUAGAAUUGCCGCGACUCAGUUCCCCUUCUUAAGAAGGCUUUUCCAGACUGCAGUCUGUGUGGAUUGCUGUCUGUUUACCGUGUAGCCUGAAUACGGGCUAUCAUACUACAUUCUGUGAACCGAGGGGAUUAGAAGCAGAUCAAUACUAAAGCAUUUACUUUGACAUUAUUUUACCCGGUCAGGGUCUUCAGACAUUAUUUUACCCGGUCAGGGUCUUCAGAUAACCGCGACACCACAAAGACCCGACUCUCUAUAAGUCCCAAACCCAAACUGAGCUUGUGUCUGUGCACUGACAUGCCGACAGUAACUAAAUGGUCAAUUAUUGCAUACUGUAGCACCUGAUUUAUUCUCACUGAUGUACAAUAACCCUAGAGGUUCUGACUAAUUCAUUGGAUGUUGUUUUUGAAGGCAUCGGCAUCGGCUGCUAAACAAUAUAUCAGUGCAUCAUCCACUUAUUCUUUUCUCUUUCUGUAUGUAUGCCUCAUCACUGGGACAUCAUAAUAAAAGAAAUUCACUUGCUAAAACAGAGGUGCACUCAUGCAUAUAUGUUGCGCACCUUUUAUUUGUUUUCGCCAAUGGAGAAAAGCUCAAAUCUGCGUCAUAAAUAAAACUUGUUUUUUUUACCCUAAUUCAUUUAUAUUUUCCUCUGCCAGUCCUUUAUACUGUACAUGUGCCCUGUCAAAGUGGAGGUCAAUUUCAUUUUAUUCAUCAGCACUUUUUACUUUUUCAAUCAAUGUCCAAUUCUACUUCUGAACUUUUAGGAAUUGAAAUUGGUUUGACCCUGCUUCUGCCCCGGAAAACUAGCAGAGGAUGUGUGCAUGUGGCAUAACAUUGGCAUUUGCUUUGUCUGACCUCACUGAAAUAUUUUGAAACCACUUUGCAGGGCACCACUUUGAAGGAGAAACUGUGACCACUGCAGUGUGCGUUUGCCUUUAUUCAGGCACUCUGUUGCUCUUGGCUUGGCCAGUGGGGAGGCAGGCCGGGUAAUUGCAUGUAAUUCCAUUACAGUUCAAUUUGAGUCAGCGGGCAGUCAGCAGUCGCAUCCUACACGGUUCUUUCCUCAAAUCCAGCUUGGCCCACAAAACC